AGUGAUCUAUUACUCAGUGUUAGCAUUUUGUUGCAAACUAGCUCAUCAAUAACCAUGAAAAGAUCCUCUAACUCUUCUUCAUCCAAAAGAGAUAGGAAAACCAUCGAGAAAGAGCGUAGAAACCAAAUGAAGAACCUUUGUUCCCAACUCAACUCCCUUGUCCCUCAUGAUCCUUCCUCCUAUCCAAGGGCGGUUCCUGAUCAAAUUGGAGACGCGACAAACUACAUAAGGCAGCUGCAAGAGAACGUGGAAAAUUUGAGGCAAACUAGGGAUGAGCUGCAGGGUGCCGGAGGGUCUAGUAGCAGUAGAGGGGGCUACUCCACGAAUUCGCCGGUCCAAAUAGAAGUGACUGUUAAUGGGAGUGCCAUAGAGGUGACUUUGGUAACUGGAUUGGAGUGCCAGUUUGUAUUCACUGAGGCACUCCGAAUUCUGCAUGAGGAAAAUGUUGAAGUUGUGAAUGCAAGUUAUUCUGUUGCUGAAAACAUUGUCUUUCACACCAUCCAUGCACAGUUGGGUGAAGCUGCAUCAAGCAAUGCCGUUGCAAGGAUUACUCAGAGGUUGAAGAACUUUGAGCUCUAAGUGUUGGGGUUUGGAUAUAUGCUGAUUUACCUAGGCAUGAUGAAAGUUCAUGACCUGGGAUCCAUAAUAAUAUAUGGGUUUUAUAAGUAAU